GCCGCGGACCGGCGCCGCUCACGCCUGGUGAUGUUUAAUCGCUGGUUUUGACAACUUUGUGUUCCCGUCUUGCUUGCCAGGGGCUGGGAGGAGGAUGCCAGUGUAGCUGCUGUCACGCCGAAAGUGGUGCGAGUCCUCAGGUCUCCCCUGACGUCCCUUCCUCAGACCGAGAACAGAACAACUGUCAAUAAAAAUGGAAUGUACCAGUUUGAACAGGCUUCAAAAUGUAAGGCAAUUCAGGACAACAUUUUGUCAUCAUCUAUCAAGAAAAAAAGAUAUUCAGAAGAUUAUUAUCUUCACAUAGUCACCAAACUGCAGAACUGCACCUGGAUAAGGAAACCAGAAGAAUCUACAAAAUUCAGAUCAGAAUUAGCUUCCUGCUGUGAUGCAGUUCACAGUUUUAUUGCUUCUCAAAACAACACCCCACUGGGAAGUAACAUGAGUUAUGAAGUGGACAGUAAAAAGACCAUCCUCAUUACAGAGGACGUUUUUAAGAUGCUGCCUGUGUCCUCUCCUCUUUCAGUCUAUCACUUCAAGACCUGUGCUGUGGUUGGAAAUGGAGGCAUUCUGAAAAAUUCUAGCUGCGGAGCUGAAAUUGAUCGUUCUGACUUUGUGUUUAGGUGUAACCUGCCUCCAACCACAGGAAGCAUUAGCAAAGAUGUUGGCAAUAAAACAAACCUUGUGACUGUUAAUCCGAGUAUCAUAGCUCAGAAAUACAACAAACUAAAUGAAAAGAAGACAGAAUUUCUGGAGAACAUUGCAGUCUAUGGAGAUGCUUUCCUUUUAUUGCCAGCAUUUUCCUUCAGAAGCAACACAGCCACUUCUUUUAAAGUAUAUCACACACUGCAAGAGUUCAAAGCAACCCAAAGGGCAAUAUUUUUUCACCCUGCUUAUCUGAAAAGUCUUGCUCAGUUCUGGAGAACUAAGGGUGUGAAAGCCUACCGAUUGUCAUCUGGUUUUAUGAUCACUAGUGCUGCUCUUGAGCUGUGUGAGAAUGUGAAGCUCUAUGGUUUCUGGCCUUUCUCAAAAUCCACAGAGAAGACGCCAAUCAGCCACCACUAUUAUGACAACCAGCUGCCUAAACCAGGUUUCCAUGCAAUGCCCAAAGAAUACAACCAGAUCCUUCAACUUCAUGGCAAAGGCAUUUUGAAGUUGCAGUUUGGUAAAUGUGAAUCAGACUAAAAAGGAUGAUGAUCCUAAGGAGACAAUUUGUGUAUGUCAGCAGUUCGAUGUUGGAUUUGAUCUAAUGUGAUUUUGUGAGCAUUAAACUGCAUUAUUACAAUAGAGAAAUAUUUUACACUUGGGGAGAAAAGGAAGUGAUUUUUUCACACAGUGACUGCUACAUUUCUGAAUUUUGAGUAAUCAUUUUUUUUAAUACAAUACAACAUUUAUUUGGGAAAUUCUGAAACUCAUGACUAUUGGUUUAAUUGUAGCAAAGCACAAUCUCAAGAUGGUGGCAAUAUGUGACAUUCAUUAUGUUUUGCUUCUUAAAAUAUCAUUAAAAUAUUUUGACAUAAGAUCUCUGGUUUUGUUAAUGUCAUGUAAUACAGGCAAUUGUCUCUGUAUGGUAGCUGCGUGAGUUGGCAGUGAACAUUUUCAAUUAAGAACUUGAUGCUGUAAACGCUAGCAUUUGUCUACAUGAGAAAGGUGAUGAGAAGAGCUACAGAGGAGUAAUUCAUUCAGAGCCAUGUCAUUCUUAGUUUGUCCCAGGGUGCACAGACGAAAAAAUCCCUCAGGUUAGAGAUAGUCAAGUGGUUUAUGGGCUUUCAUUUUGUGGUCAGUAGAUAAUGCUGUGGAUUUAAUGGGCUUUCAUUUUGUGGGCAGUAGAUAAUGCUGUGGAUUUAAUGAGAUCACUCAUGUGAAUGAUGUUAAUUUUGUGUACAAGUAUUUGAAGGACUAGAACUGUAUAAUUGUUUUUAAACCCAUGUUGUUGCUUAUGUUCCUGUCUAAGGUCCGGUUCAGCUCCAAAUGAGGACAAUAAACUAGGUUCUGUGCUGCAGUCUUCAGAGUCCUGCUAGGGCAUGACUUUGUACAUAUUCCUCCUAUCCCAGCUCUGUAUCUCAGCUGACAUAGGAGAUGGCCUAUUCAUUAGAAAAAUGAUAGGUACCAAACCUAUCAAUUCUAUUUCUUUUUCACCUAGCAUAGCUCGUAUUAAAACUGUACUAAGCAUUAAUAGAAGAAUGUUCCUCUUAGAGUCAACCCCAAGCUCUUCUCCAGUACCAGAGAGAAGAACUUAACAGUUACCUCAUCUAAACCCCAUGCUUUAAGUUUCCAUAUGGUCCAGGAAUACCUGGAGCAACAUCCUGCGACAAGAGAAAGUGAAAUAUCAGCCCAAUGGAAAGAAUCACAUUAACAUUUACAGGAGCUACAAGCAGUUGUUACCCUAGCUAUGGCUGCUUAUAUGUUAUUGCUUAUAUGUUUUAUCACAGGAGAAAAAACAAAUAAAAACAAAGAAAAAAAGCGACAUUUUUUUAAUAGCUACUUUCAGUUAAAAGGUUUCAGUUACUUUUUCAAGAGUCUGUUGAAUGAUCAGUUCAAAGAUAGAGUAUCCUUUUACAGUCAGAUAUUAUCAGGUAUUUUGUCUACUAAAACUCCUUUUGUCACUGUAGCAUUAAAUCCCCAGUCAACUGAUUUAAAGAGCAUUCAAUAUUCCACUCAUCGAGGUUUAUGUCUGCAAAAAAAUUCCUUCUUAAGUAGUCUAACCUUAUAAAAUAAGGUUCAAAAGAACUUUUAAAGUGAUACUUUGUAACAGCAUUUCUAUAUUGUUGUAGUAUUUGAAAGCUUACCUUGCAGCAGUUUUAUAAUCACAUAAAUAAUCCUGAAAGUAUUAGAAUCAAUCAUUAUGGUUCCAGGUCUGUUGUUUGAGCCACAUUCAGCAUCUUGGUCCAUUUCCAAGAUAAUGGUAGCAGAAUCCAAUACUACUCCUACCCAAACAGAAGUGUCCAUAAAGCAAUAAAGUCAAUCUUUGAAAAUAAGUUUUUUAAAAAAUGGAUAGUGCUUUGGGGCAUUGAAUAGCACCACUAAUACAUGAGUAGAGUUCUGAAUAUCAGUAGGGCUUUUUACAGAAACAAAGACAUCAGAAUUGAGUCAAUGGGUACAUCUGCAUUACCAGCUGGUGACUGAAAGAGGCGAGCACAAGGGUUUGAUUUAUUGUGAUCUGUUAUGGUUCCAGCACCACAACUCCACAUCAGCAGUGAAAUUUGUGCUAGUUUCUGGCCGCAGACAUCUGCUGCUUAUGUGCAGAGAUCUGACUGCUGCAAGACCCUGCAUCCAUGUUACAAGUGUUAUGGAUGGCUGCCUACUUUAAGACCCUAGUUAUAGAUCAAAGACAAAUUUGCUCCCAAAAGAGUUCCUCCUAUGCCAUAAAUCACUCAUGUAGGCUGUCCCUGAGUGUUUGUAGCUGGAAGCUGUGCAAAGUGAUGUAGUUGUCCUUUGGGUGCUGCCAACAACCUAGGUUGAGGAGAGAACCAUGUCAUAUUUCAUCCAGAGAGAAAAAGGUGCACCAGGGAUGUUCAGGCAAGGACUAUAACUUAUUCCAGUCUAGUGUAGUGCAGUGAGAUUAUCUUGGCUGUGUAGCAGCUACACGGUUUGACUUGGAAAAAUUCAUACAUCUUUUAGAGAUUGAGAGGAUCUUGCAUUGUAUCCAGAGAAAUUGCUGGUGCUUUGUGUGUGUGCAGACGUGAUGCAAAGGGUAUUGUUCAUUGCUCAGAUUAAAUUCAGUUAAUUGCUCAGCAUGAGUAAAGUGGCAAAACCUGGUUGUGUGUAAGUAGAAAAUGUGGAGAUCAGAAAAUUAAAUUUAUUUGCAGUGGAGAAGCAACUUUUUUUCAAAAGCAUUUGUUAACACUGUAUUGCAUUAUCUCAGUGAAUAAAUGUAUAGUGUACCAUGAUGCACCUUAAAGAGCUGAAGUUACUGUGUGUCUGGACUGUUCCUGUGCAACUGUGUGUUACAUAUGUAUUAGUAAUUGGAAAAUUAUUGAAGAGAUUUUAAGAGAGGUUUAGCUAAAAAGAAGAAACCUAUUCUAGUUUCCUUGACAAAAAAAAAAGAUCUUAACUGAAGGAGUGUGAUGUAGCACUUACAAAUGAGAGCAAGUGGAAAGCUCUGUAACAGAGAUGCUUUGACCUUUUAGCGCUGUUUCAGCAAACUUUAAACUUACCAUUGACCUGAAGACCUGAUCUUCUGCGCUCUCAGAGCUCUCAAUGAUUUGUUUGAAGCACAGGACUGACAAACGUAUCAAGGAAUUGUUAACCUUUCUACCCUGUCCUACAAAUUCGCUUAACCCCUCACAGAAUAAAAAUAUGCUCGAUUAGACUUUAGAUUAAGAACCUGAUUUUAAUGUAGCUUUCUCAGGCCUUGCACUAGACAUGAAGUUAUUAUGAGAUGUUAGUUGCAUCCACUUCACAGGAGUGCAGACCUUGUACUCGGCUUUAUCAUAGCUACUGCCGCUCUGUGCUCGGUGGCUGGGUCAUGUUAAUUUGUGCACAGACUGGGCGAGUUAAUAGCGGUGUUUCUGUGUGACAGGGUACAGUUAAGUUAGAUUGAUAAAGACUUGCUGAAGUACUCUCACUGUGGGAAAGGAUGUUUUCUCAGGUAGCCAAAUAAAUUAUUUCUCAUUUACUUUACAUCUGUGCAAAUUAGUGAUGAGUAAAUGGAUUUUGUACCUGGCUGGGAAUGUUUAUAACACUUUUACAAGACUGAGCCAAGUGCAGUUUUGAUUAAGGAUUCUUGACCAAAAGUUAGACAGGGCCUUUCAGUUCCCUCUACUUCACAUGAGGAAUAAUAACUUUUAGGGUUUGUGGGCCUCCAAUGCCGUCACAUGCUGUGGAAUGAAUAAUAAGAUUAAAUAGUUUUUCUAAAGAUAGAAACACUGACAACAUGCUAAUAGUUCUGCUUUACCUUUGUAGAAUCUGACAGUGUCCUUGCACAUGACUGUUUCACAGCAUCGUUAAGAUUAAAGCCUUCUUGGCUGCUUUUAUUCCUUUUUCUCUGAAUCUUUAAUGUUGUGUCUUCCUGUAGGAUCCAGCACUGCAUUAUGUAGUCCUGUUUGGUGUUGGUUAUGUUUGUAUGGCAGUGAGUCAAAUGCUGUGGUACAGUCACACAUACUUUAAAUGGCUUGGUUUACAUCUCAAGGAAGGCAUCAUGGUGGGAUAUUCACAUUGCCUAAUGCGAGGUGCUAAAUUUGGGCUGUAGCUCCACAGUGUCUUAAGCUGUAAUGGCUGACUACGCAGUCCAGUCCUCAUUCUUGCACUGCACUCCUUCCUUCAUACUGUCUCUGGCUCCUGUCAGAUCCUGCACUGAGCUGUUUUGGCAUCCUGAGCCAGCAAAAAUGUAACAUGGCAACAAAGAGAAAAUUGGUUCGUGCCAGCAGGGCCAGGGGCAGUUCAGAGUCAAAGCAAAGGAUGGGGUGAGACCAUGCAGGUGGGACUGAAGGGACACUGCAGGGGCCAUUUGUUGUUUGACAGCUGUUGGACAGGCCCAGCGGUUCCCUGAAAUCUUGGUCCAGUCAGGAAGGUAACAUCUCUGGGGACCUCCCUAGUCAGAGAGGAGAGAUGGGCUCCUGCAAGGGGGCAUCGCAGCAUGAUGGCUGCUCUGGUAGAAAGGAGCCUGUUUCUCCCCGUUGUGACAGAAGGUGCUUAAGGACUCUACAGUACCUCCACUAAGGACUCUAGGUACCUACACUGGGUGAUUAUUGCUCCCCUUCUCUCUUUCCCAUUACAGUAAUUUUAAAAAGCUGUUCACCACCAGCAGGCUCAGAAAUGAUAACUAUAAAAAAACCCUUUGACUGUAAAUGCUAUUUCUCAGUUCACUGACAGUAAACUUGCAUAAACUUGCUCGUUAUUCAGUAUGCCUGGGCUUUCAGUCUCUGCUUAUCCCAGCAUCUCAAACAGCAUCUGCAGAGAACAGAGCUGCACAAGGUCUGGUGGUUUUGAGACCAGUUAAUCUCACUUUGAUUUUCUUUCCUUUGUGCAGUAGUAAGAUGUCUGCCAUAUUGCCAUGCUUGAGUCAAGAUAAAAUUCUCUGUCUUGUGUGAUUCAGGAAAAGAAACUAAAUGACCUAGGUGACCUAGCCCUUCUGUGGGCUUCUCAAAUUACUAGCAAAAUAUUCCUGUUGUUAUGUAUUAUUUGAUUUUAUCCAGUACAGAUAUAUAUGUAUGGAUUGGUUAAUUGGUCUGGAUUAGUUGAUCACUUAGACCUUGAGCCUCAUGGACUCCGUGGUGGAGCUACAGACUGACAUGGUAAUCUAGGUUAAAAAACAUUUGACCUGGAGGUCUUUCUCUGUCCUGUUAUUCACUCUCAUGUGGCAAAUCUGCAGAGUGAGAUCCUGAACAUCUGUGCAGUAAGUAGCUCCUCCAGGGACUCUCAUGUCCAAAAAGCACAUGUCCACAUAUGUACAGGAGUCUGUGUGAGAUCAAGCCCAAGGAGUGUUCCGUGGAGUGCUUUAUCCUGAAACACCUUUAUUUCAAACAGCUGAUAGCCACUUGUUGCACGUUCUGAAGCAGUAGAUUUCUUACACAUGAGCUUGUUAGUUAAGUAUAUCUUAGUUUGAAAUGUUCACAGCCAGGUAAUCCUUCAUCUUGUGGUACUUCAGCAGCUGAUCUCUAGGUCUACUAGCCGAGGACGGUGACAAAGGGGUGCAUAUUUACCAUAUAAAGCGUGGCUCUCUUGAUUUUGAAUUCUGUCAUUUUAGCCAGGAACGUCAUCCUUCUCUGAGUUUCUGGACAGCCAAGGCUGCUGAUCUCUCAGGGUAUUCUGGAGAAAUUGUUUGGACCUUUCAGCUACAAUGCACAAUGAGUGGGCAGAUUUAUAUUUAUUAAAAUUUGUUCCAGAUUUUCAUAAAAUAUUUCGUAAUUGACUCAAAAUUAUCAUAAUGGUCAAGUAGAGCAUGGAACGAUCUGCAGCAUGCUACUAAACAGAGGAACUAUUGCUGUUGUUUAGUGGUCUCCUUUCAUAAAGUUGCAUUUCAAAAUACCUUCUCCUAUUCUGGGACACCAGCUCACCAGGGUAAUGACCCCAGGUUACUGGGGUACCAUGCACUGGUCUAGAUGGGGUAGCAGCCUGUCAGUACACUCUCAGUAUCAAGCAAAUUCAAGCAAUAUACAAGAGCUUAACACGAUGGGAGUGCAUAAGCUUGGGUUUGACAUAGACCAAGGAGUAAACUUAGUACUGUGAUGUGUGAUAACUGACUGAGCUCACAUCCCUCUGUGUGAGCAAUAACUGCCCUUCGGUGGCAGGUGUUGACAAAUACUGGUUUAAGGAUGAAAACAGUCUGGAAGGGGUAACAUUCUGAUGUUGCUAUCAGAUAAACAGGUUUGUAUUUUGCUGAAUCCUGAUGUGGCUUCAGCAAUACAUUGGUGUUUGUUGCUGCACAAAGUACUGCUGUGUCUCAUCUUUUUUUUCAUCCCUCUUUUCUCCAGUGAGGGAGAAAAUUCAGACAAUUGUACGAUGGAAGUAUUUAAUGAUCAUGACCAUGAAUUCAUGGUAUCGUGGCAAGAUGCCAUCAGAAUGAAUCAUGCUAAUGAUCGUGACGGGAUAGUCUAGUCUGAGACAAUAUUGCUGGUUUUAAAUUCCUCACUAUUCACUUUAGUCCCUGACAAGAGGAGAUUCUUCGCAGCUAGUCUGUAGUUCAACAGCUUGCUGUGCUUCCCAGUUCUUGGCUCAGCUGUGAGGUGAUUUCCCUAAAAACUCCUUCUUGAUGUAUUUACUAUUAGUGCUUAUGGUACAAACCCAUUCUUAAAUUCUUGUGAAACUGAAACAUAUAUAACAGCUGAUAUUUCUGCAUGUUUUAUAUGCACAUUUUAUAUAGUAGCUUCAUACACAUUCUUUAUGUUAAUAUUCUUAGUAUUAUUUUAUUUGAGUAUCUAAUUAAAAUUAUUUAAAAUACUCAUUAUAUUUUAUGCUACCAGAGUAAACUGUGGGGGAAGUUAUGUAAUGUCACCUAACAAAACCCCAAUGAUAUAACCCAGAAUAAUUUUUAAGGGUAUCAUCUGACUGAUUUCUAGAAGGGUAUUUUUGUUAGUCGUUUGGACACUGGCUUCUUAGAUUUACCUUUCUAAGGUGGGUCUAAGAGGCCACCUCUGCUUCUGAUUUAGUUCACGAUCUGCAAGUGAGAAGAUAGGCCAAUGGAGAGGUUCUACACAGGGCUGCUCUUAAGGGAUGGCAAAUGUGUUGGUCUUCCUUUUCAGAGACUGUUUCAGGUGUCAAAAAGUAAUGUAAUUCCAUAAAGUUUCCAUGGUAGCUUUUGCCUGGAGGUUUCAUUGUCUCUUAAAAUGUGUAUUGUUUGCAUUCAUUUUGGUUCCAUUCUUUUCAAUGCAAUUGUCGAAGCAGAGCUUAUCCCCACCCCGGAGCUGGUAUAAUUGUGCUCCUCCACAUGCGCCAAGCUCUGUGCGAAGCUGCUAGUGUAGGCUCUGCUACUGCUGUCUCCAAACAGGUUCUCUCAAAUUCUCUCAAUGCUUAUGUUUUCAGAUGUGAAUUUGAUAUUGUCUGAGUAGAAUGUGUGCAGCGUAACAUAGAAGUGUCUCUGCGCAGGAUUUAGGAGGAGGCAUGGAAAGCCCCUCAACUGUGUGUGUGCUUUUAUUACAGAAAACCAAGAUGAAUUUGUAUUGUUGAGUCAUCUAUUAUGGCUGAUUUAAUUUGUACUUUGUUUUCAUGUUUUAAGUGCCUAAUGAUUUUUUGUCAAGGAUGCAAUGGUUUCACUGUUAUAUCGCAUACUUAGAAUUCUGCACUUGUUACCUGUUCUGUAAUAGAAUAUUUUUUCAGUUUCUGUUUGGAAAUAAAGACUUAUUAGGCAUAA